GUCAAAUUUUUGCAGAGAUGAGAUGAUGCGGCAAAGAAAGGUAGUAGAAAGACAGAGGAAGCGAGUGAGGGCUCUGUUGCUUCAAUGACUUUUCUUCGGUUUAUGAGAGGAAGAUGUUCCACAAACAACUGUGAUGGGUUUUAGAUCCAGGUCUCAGAGAUGCCAUAGCAAGGGAACUGCCUAGUACUAAAAAUGUUAUUUGUGUACGGCAUAUUUUAUCAAAACUGUCCUGCUGGUUCUCUUUGCCUCUUGCAUCACGAUUUGAGGAUUUUAAAGCCGAAUUCGACAUGAUGUGCCAUCUUGAGAGUCGAAUCCACAGAAGAUUUUGAACAUCAGUGGAACCUUUUGGUUGCUCGAUUUGGACUUGUUUCAGAUAAACAUGUAACCUUUUAUAGCUCGCGCAAUGAUAUCUGAAUUUUCACAAUCUCUGGACACAUUCAUGAAGAGAGUUUUGAGUGGACAGACGUUGCAAGUAUUCUUGGAGCAGGUUGCAGCCGCUGCCAACUUUGGGAAUCAACCAGGGAAACAAUGCAGUAUAUGCAUAUCAAGACGUGCAUUCCUCUUGAAGAACAUACGCAGAGUAUUCUUGCCCCUUAUGCCUUCAGUGUCUACCAACAAAAAUUUGUGCUGUCCAUGCAAUAUGGUGUUUCAGAAAUGGCGAAUGAAUCAUAGGUUGUGCGGCAGUCUGAGAAAAUGGAUGGGGAAUAUCUCAGUGAUUUGGAUACCUGAAGAUGAGCAGAUUCACUGUUCCAAAGAACCUGAACAUUCAGGACUAUUGUGCAGACGCUCUCUUCAAGUACUUGUCAAGAAAAACAAUUUGCAGCUCCCCAUAAAAAUGUCAUGCUUAGCUGGCGACGAGAGAGUUCAUUAAACCCUUAGGAUGUAUACACCAUCAAAAACCCAUUGGAUGAUAUGGACCAUCAAAAUAUCAGUGAUGAGCGUGCACUAGCCUUACAUUCUCUUGCUGAAACUCUAUUGACAGAAUCAUUGAUCUCUAUGGAACGCUUUAAUUAUCUUCACGGAGAACUUACAGGGCUACUUGAUCGUGAUAAGAGAGAUGCCAUUACUGAUGAGUUUGCUUUGAAUGUGGUAGUAAACAAUGCAAGUGAAAUUUAGGUUUGCGAUGUAGCAUGGGUGCUGGUAUAACUGCAGUUGACGCACUGUUUUCACUGGCUCGAUAUUCAUCAGUGAUGUGUAUGGGAUUUGAGAGGCAUGAGACCUUGUACAGUAAAAUUGUAAUCUAAUAUUCAAAGGAUACAGUUAUUUUUGCGAAGAACGCUUGUACUAUUA